AAUUUUUUUUACUUCUCCACGGUCACAUUAUAUAGAACAAACUUAAAAUGAGGCGUUUAAAUAAUUUAUUUACUUUUAUCAUGGCCAUAACCGCGUUUUUUUUCGGUAGCUUCAUAACGAAGAUACUCAGUCCUGCAGACCAAUGUCCAGCACAUACCAUUGGACGCAUCCAAUUGGAGCCGCAUCCGAAUGUGUUUCUCGUGGUGUUGGUGCUUAGUCCACCACGCAAUGCUGAUCAAAGGAACGCCAUGCGAAGCACCUGGCUCCGAACUGCUAGACAACCCCUCCAUCAGCAGUAUUAUCCUGAAGAGCUGAUUUUUCUUCCAACCUACAGCUCUAAUGGCCACUUGCAGGUGGAGUUAGUUGAGCAACAGGCAAAUCGCCUGAGGCAGUAUAAGGAUUGGCAGAAAAGAAUGAUGACAAAGGAUCUCCCAAGGACUCAAAGGCUUAUUAAAGUGAAGCACGUGUUUGCCAUUGGUACUUGGAAUAUAAGCAGUUCCAUGCAAGCGGACCUAGUGAAGGAGCAAAAUCAACACAACGAUCUAAUAAUGCUGCAACGACAUAACGACACAUACGGCAAUCUUACAAAAAAACUUAUCCAGGCCCUGGAUUUUUUGAGACACCACUACGAUUUCUCAUAUGUCAUCAAAGUGGACGACGAUACCUUCGUUAAGCUGAACAGUUUGCUCAAUGAUCUUGUCUCCUAUGAUCGAAAGUUACUUCGCAAAAGGUCGGAGUACGGUCAAUAUCCCUUACCACAGCUAUAUUGGGGAUACUUUAAUGGUCGAGCCACAAUUAAAAGGAAAGGCCUUUGGAAAGAGUCUAAUUAUUUUCUUAGCAAAAACUACCUGCCUUAUGCAUUAGGCGGUGGUUACGUUUUAUCUCGAGAACUCUGUGAGUAUAUUGCCGACAGUUCCCAACUGCUCACACCUUAUGUGUCCGAGGAUGUCUCGGUCGGAACUUGGCUGGCUCCACUACGACAUGUCUAUCGCUGGCACGAUCCUAGAUUCGAUACUGGGUACAUGCCCCGCAAAUGUCAGCCCUAUCAUAUGGUGUUGCACAAACGCAGUCUAGAAAUGAUGGCCGAUAUAUACGAUGGUAAACUCUGCAGUGGCACUGGUUCAAGCUCGUUAUCAGAAUACUUUUACGAUUGGAAAAAAGCAACUGAAAAAUGUUGUGAUAGCUUAGUGGUAUAGCUGUCGUGGAAACUUUUAGAACGAUGGACUAUAAACUAGUUUAUUCGCUUACCUGUGCUUAAUCAACCACUCCAACCGGUCGUCAUUUUCAAUAAGACUAGCUACCACAAUGUCCUUGGGGGCCACAAUAUAAAAGCGAUUCUCUUCGAUUAUGCUGCCCAGACUAUAGUCGUUUACGGUGUAGUCCUCGAAGCCCCGCAAAGUCAAACUAUCUGUACAGAUCUCUUCGCUAUUAUUCACUUUGUAUUCAAUAACGCACAACACAGGACGCAGAGCUUUGAAAGAAGGGCUCCUUU